UGCUCAAGGCGGAAGGGCUGUGACAAGCUCUGCUGAAUUGAUAACUUUAAAAGGGCAUCUUCUGCUGGCUCCUCUCUCUUCUGCUUUAUCGCCGCAAGUGACAGAAUGGGGAGGGUUCCAACCCUCCUGUGCUCUCACAGAGCUGGGGGGCUAUAAAAACGGGAGGCGCUGAGCAGCUGGAGACAGUGACGGACAAAGGCUGAGAGAGGGAGAUCACAGAGAAGCUAGAAGAGGCAGCAGACACCAGGUCGCACCUGACCUACAUCAGCAUGGGCUCCUUCUCCGCCAUCACUGUGAGCCUCCUCCUCUUCCUGACCUUCUGGCUUCCAGGCCGUACUGGAGCAAACCCCCUGUACGAUACCAUGUCCAACGCAGACCUGAUGGACUUCAAGAACAUCCUGGAGCACCUGGAGGAGAAGAUGCCAUUAGAAGAUGAGGUUGUGCCUCCUCAGGUCCUAAACGACCAGACGGAUGAAGCAGGGGCAGCUCUUAGCUCCCUCCCAGAGCUGCCAUCCUGGACCAGGGAGGUCAGCGCCCCUCAGAGAGAUGCAAGUGUCCUCGAACGGGGCCCCUGGGAGCCCGCCGAUAGAUCUGCCCUCCUAAAAAGCAAACUAAGGGCACUGCUCACUGCCCCUCGAAGUCUCCGGAGAUCUAGCUGCUUCGGGGGCAGGAUUGACAGGAUUGGAGCCCAGAGUGGACUGGGCUGCAACAGCUUCCGGUAUCGAAGAUAACAGCUGGGGAGGAAAAGGUGGCCAGACCCAGGGAGCACAUCGCCCGAGAUCUUCAAGGCCUGUCUCACGCAGCUUGAUCUCAUCUCAUUGCCGGGCAGGUGCGGGGAAACACCGUGCUGAACGGGAGUUGCCGCUGCCUGCCUUCCUCUCUCACAGUCUAUGCGCAGUGUAGAUAAGUGUUAAGCAUGGCUUCCCGCCUCUCUCA